AUGGGCUGGGGUUCCAGGUUGGACGGUUGCGGUAACUGCAUGAAAUUCAGCCUUUUCGUCGUAAAUCUGUUUAUAUUUGUGGGAGGUUUGAUAGUGGUAGCAUUAGGAAUUUGGACGAUUGUCGACAAGUCUUUCGCAAACCAUCUCCUUGGCACGAAUUUAUAUGCAGGCGCCACUUACGUGCUGCUAGCUACAGGGUUACUGGUUACUUUUAUAUCCUGCUUGGGUUGCGUUGGUUCCAUAAAAGAAGUCAGAUGUAUGCUAGUUUUGUACUUUAUUAUACUGUUCCUGAUUUUCUUAACGAUGCUCAUCGGAGGAAUACUCGGCUUCGUCUUCAGGGAAAAAAUAGACUACACCAUUCGAAUCGGCAUGGAAAGCUCCCUCAGGGACUACGGCAAUUACCAACCGGUCACCAACGCUUGGGAUGAAACUCAAACAACGUUGAAGUGUUGCGGAAUAUACGGGUACAGAGACUGGGAGAGCAGGAUACCGUUGUCCUGCUGCAAGCUGACGGCCAGCGGGAUCCGAUUGCCCUGCCAGAGCGUCGCCGAGAACAAUCAGUUCACGAUAUUCGAAAGGGGAUGUCUGGAUGCUACCAAAGAUUUCGUGAAGUCGCACGCGAUCAUCCUGGGCUCCGCAGGAAUCAUAGUGGCUUGUCUAACGGUACUGGGCAUGAUAUUCUCGUACAGCUUGUACAAAUCGUUGGAGUGA